AGGAGAGCUGUUCUAUAGAUAAGCAGCUUGUAUUGACCGGUCCUAGCAUGGACAUUGAAAUUCUUGAAGACAUUUUUUAAGACCUCCAUUUAUAGACUUUUGUUGAUUACUAUUCGGGCUUUUUAUCUCUUCCAUAUCAUUCAAUUACUCUAGGCUCUAGAAAAAAUAAACAGUCUGACUAACAGUUUUGCUUUGUAAAAAAAAAAAAAAACUGAGCUGGAGAAAUCCGCGAGCGGCUGUGCUUCGGAACAAGUUUCUUUGUUUAGACCCCCAAAAAUGGGCCUUAUGUGUAUAUAUUUCAAAUUAUUUUUUCCGUUAUACAAAUGAAAAAAUAGAUGAAUGACACGGCAAGUAUUAUUGUUCUAUCUCAUAAUAUACUUUUUAAAAUUACAAUGGCCAACAGCCACCAACAAUAAAUUAUUUAAUGCUUCGCGGAAAUAUCUAUUUUUAGUAUCUAACCCGGGUAUUUCCAGACAUUUCAAUAAUAGUAUCGGAAACUAAAUUGUUUUCCGCGAAGUAAAAUCCGCUUGUUUAUAAAGUGACUUUCGUUUAUCAACAGUCAGCAGAAAGUAGACAUUUUCAGAGAUUCAACAGGGUUAGUGUAGCAGUGCUCACUGUGGUACGAGUUGGGGAUAUCUUAAUCUGUGAUUUUUUUCGAACUGUCCAGAAGAGUCAUUCCUCUUCUCUUUUCAUUUUGCUGUGUGAAAUUGUAGACGGAAUUUAGUCCACGUGUGGCAGAAUGGCUGAAAUUCAGACUGCAAUCCACCAGCGAGAUGCUCUUAAAAGACUUAUGUUUGAUCUGAAAGAGUUACAGAAAAACCCAGUUCCCAAUGUCGCUGCCACUCCGCUGGAAGAUAACAUGUUCGAGUGGCAUUGUAAUAUUCGCCAAGAUGAUAUCAUCCUUCAUAUGAUCUUGUUCUUUCCUGACAAUUACCCUUACACAGCUCCAAACGCGGAGUUCAUGCCUGUUGGGUAUAGCUACAACCAAGGAGCAUCAAGGCCAGGGAAAAAAGGCACUCAGAUUUGUUUGGCCAUGUUCAAUGACUAUACAGAUAUUCACACUGACUGGAAACGUACAAAAGGAAUGGGUUGGUCUCCCAGUUAUACUGUGCAAACUAUGCUGAUGAAUGUGGUGUCUUUUCUACUCGAAACCCGUGCUUUCACUUUCAAUUGUGGGGUAUAUGCACAUAACUUGAAGAUAGCCCAAUGUUUCAAAUGUGAGGAUUGUGGUCACACUUUUGAGAGCCCAUUUCCUGGUUUCUGGGAAGAAGAGUCGUGUCAUGAAAGACCUGUAGAAUGUGGUGAUGAUCAUGUCAAAGAGACGGAAAUGGAAGACUGUGAUGGCCCUGCUAAAGUCGAGGAAAUUGGAAUCCAGCCGCCUUUAUUGCAGGAUAUUCCUGCAUGUGAAUCAGGCAAGGACAUUGAUAUAAUGGAUGAUGAUACUUGCUUGGUCAAGGAUGAUUUACUACAGCUCAGGAGAGAUGAUUCCUGUCUUGACAUGGAUGUUGAAAUGUCAGACAACUCAUCAGACUGUCCACAAAUCGUUGACUACAUAUCCAAAGAGGAAUUGAACUUCUUUCAGGAGCCAUCAUGUUCUGAUGAUCUCUUUGGAUUUGGUCUAUAUUUCAAUCAAGACAAAGAUGCCGUGACUAAUUUGAAGACCCCUUGUGAAUUUCUUUCAGCUCGUUCAUUUUAUGCCAUGCAGAAUUCUGUGGGUGAGGUGCACAGCGUCUGGAAGGAGCUCCUCUGUGUAUUCUUACCUCUUCACAUGCAGCCUUCACAUGGUGCUCAUAUCAAGGACGAGUUUGAGAAGACAAUGCAACAGCUCUCAACGCUGCCACUGAUGUCUUUACCAAAUGGGAAAGAAACUCCAAUCACAGAAAUUGUUCUCAAGACCUUACCUAACCUCUUGACUACAACUUUACUUGAGUUCUGCGGCAACAGAGCUGAGACUUACUGUCAGGGUUUCUUUGCACUGUACAGACUCUUCCUGUGGGCGCUGGACACAUAUCCAGAUCUCCAAGGUGCUAUUGAAGGAAAGAUAAAGGCAUUUAUAGAGGAUUCUGGAUCCAGGAGGCAAAUGGAUGCUUCUGGUCUGUCAAGUUUGCUGAUGCUGUUGAGCUUUUCUAAAGUAUACAAGUGGCAUCAUGUGUCCGAGAUCUAUUCACAUGAACAGUGGAGAGUGUGGACAGACUCGCUUGUCUCCAGUAACUACAUCCUGGGCAUUGAAUCAACUGAACAACAGGAACGCUUUGAGUUGACAAUAAUGGCAACAGUGCCGUUUCGCAAAGCUCUUGCCUUUCAGGUACAGCUUCUUGAUUUGACUCAAUCAACUGGCAUGGAUCACAAGGAACUCAUUCAGCAUUUUGAUGACAACUUCGGUCUCCCUACUGAGGACAUAAUGAAAACAUUAAAAGAAAUGGCGAAUCAACUUGAUGGUAAUGACUGGGUUUCUUUCUCUGGUUGGUUCAAAGUAAUGAAUCUGCCUGUUCUGACUGAGGAUGAAAUCUACUCCCAGUUGAUACAGCAUGUGAAGACAAAUUUUCAGGAGAAGCUGGACAAUGGUACAUGUUUUAGAGGAGGCUGGUAUCGUGUUUUUCUGGAUUACCAAAAUGCUCUGAAGGCCGAAAAGAGGAAAAAGGCAAGAGAAGAAAGGGAAAAGAGAAAAAGAGAAACUCGUCAGGCUGCCGCUGUGUCAGGAAAGAACAGGUAUACUUAUGCAAGAAGACUCAGGCCAAGAAAGUCUGUUGAAGGGAAGAGAAACAACUCAUUAUCCAACGUAGUGGACCAACGAGCCCCUGCUUUUAAUACAAGAAGCAAGGCAAAUGAAAGGAGAAGCUAAUUUUUUUUUGAACUGUAACUGUUGAUCUGUUUCCAGGAAAACAAUCUAUUUAUUGUUUGUUGCUGAGAAACUUAAAUGUUGUGGAAUUAGGUGCUAGGGGCAAUGAGAUUUUUUUUUUUUUUAAACAGAGAGAUUAUCAGUAUACAAGUGUAUAUAAAAUAUGGUCCAUGCAAGUUCAUGUAAAAAUGCUCUGACUAAUAAGUUUUGAGUAUCAGACAACUGCAUCCAUUAAUAGUUGCUGAUAUCACUAAUGACUGAGUUUGCAUAAAAUAUGAACAGACUGUUCAUAGCAGACCACUGCAUCCAUAAAUAGUUGCUAAUGUCACUUAUGACCGAGUUUGCAUAAAAUAUGAACAGACUGUUCACAGACAACUGCAUCCAAAAAUAGUUGCUGAUGUCACUUCUGACUAAGUUUGCACAAAAAUUUGAACAGACUAUUUGCAGACAACUGCAUCCAUAAAUAGCUGCUUAUGUCAUUAAUGACUGAGUUUGCAUAAAAUAUGAACAGACUAUUCACAGACAACUGCAUCCAUAAAAAUAGUUGCUGAUGUCGUUAAUAACUAGUUUAAGUUUGCAUUAAAAUUAUAGAACAAACUGUCCGUCACAUUAAAAAGAUUGCACACUCAGUGCUGUGUAUUCUGUGUAUAAAAUGUAUCAUGUUUACAUACAUUUGUAUCACAAUGUCAUCUAUGAAAGACAAAAAAAUGCAUGUGUACAUUCCAAUGAUUACUUGAAGUCAUGAUGCUAAGGUUUAUGUGACAAUGUGUUCUGUGCAUAUCUGUACCAUGUAGGUUCAUAUCUAUUAUAUUAUGUGUUUGUCUGUCUGCCUGAUGGUUUUGACUGCACCUUCAUUGUUGUGUUAUUGAGUUGUUGUAUUGUGACUGUACUCUUCAAAAGACAUGGAUAUCACUGAAGCAGAUCGUAUUAGACAAAGUGUUGCUAUAAUUUCUGUCACCACGUAGUGUAAUCUAUGUCAUGUACAUAUAAUAUGAUGUAAAAAUGUCUUGGUUCUUGUCUAUUUGUCUGGUGGUUUUGAUCAAUUGCUCACUAGCUGUUGCAUGGUAUUAUGCAUCAUCCUUACAUUGUAAUUUACUGUGAAAUACAUCAUUAUAUACUGUCAUGUAUAUAUAUGUAUAUAAAUAUACUUUAUUCAUUUUUCUAAUAAAAACUGAAAAUGAUAA